AUGUGGCAAGACCGGUGUUUGCCAUUUCUUGCGUUGAUUCUUGGAUUGUCAGGAGUCCAAUCAGCCGGUCUAAACUGUGACUCGACGGUUUAUUUUGAGUGCCAAACUGCUCUCAAUGCGGUUUUGAGCAUCAGCGACCCACAGCCAUGGUUUGACCCCGAAAACUUCCGCAAGGAGGUGGAGACAAACUACCAGGCUCAAGGACCCAGUGGAAUGCGUAAAGUUUGCAAAGCUUUCCGCGAGUUUAAAGUUUGCAUGGGCUCUGAAUACGCGAACUGCAUGUCUGCGGUCCAUUUUGUUUCUGUAUCGGCCACUCCAUUCAACGCUUAUCAAUUUGUUGGACUGUUCAACCAAAUGCACUUUGUCUGUGGAGCUGGAUUGCAAACAUACCUCCUUAAUGAGGGCUGUAUGUCAACUACUUGGAGAAGCCAAAGUGAUGUCCUGAGACAAUGCCGACUAGAUUAUGAGGUGAACAGUGACGUUGACGCAAAUCAGGCUUGCACACAAGCCAAUAAGUACUUGAUUUGCUUCGAAACUCAGUUCAAAAACAACUGUGGUGAAAAAUCAAACGAUGCCAUGUUCUGGGCUUGUGAAUACUCAAGAGUCAAUGUUUUUACUCGAUUCCCUCAAUGUGCAGCUAGAUGUGUUUUGCCAUAUAGCGGAGGAAUCAUCGGAUGAGUCGAAUAAAACGAAAUGAUGUCAGAUACAAACAAAUUAUUAACUUUUUGUCAUUCAAUCUUAACUAUGUAUUAUCAUUUGUGAUAAGAAUAAAUUUUUAUUACUGAG